GAAAAAUGCUGGCUGACUUUUGUCCUAUGUAGGAACUUCCAGAAGACUUGAAUGGUGGCGAAAGGGAAUUUGAAGAUAUCAAUUUGAAGCUUGCGCAAUCGAAGCUCCUAAUCGUUGCUUUUUCCCCUUUCAAUCAUCUAGCAUGGCGCAAGCAAUGGACGUUGACGGCGAAGGAGACAUGGACACUGCAAAGUUCCUGAAUGCUGCACAUGAUCUUUCUCUUGUUCUCGGAGUGCCUUCCGACGAUGUGAUCAGGAGCUUUUUGGCGGAGUAUCCCCUUCCCAUGGUGUUCAGACUGCUUCAGCAGGAGGCAGACGACCCUCAAUCUGUGGAAACCAUCUGCAAUGCUCUGGACAAGGUCUUCUUGUCCCCAUAUGGCCGGUCGCUUCUCCCACUGGUGGUGCCGGCAGCUGCAGCAGGCCUGCAGGCCAGUCAGCCGCGCAUUCGGAAGUUGGCUUGUACUCAGAUUCUGCGCCUCUUGGACCACAACAAUGCUGCGAGCGUGUCAGCGGUCAGGAGCAUUGAUGACGCACAUCUCAUAGAGCCUCUCCUGGAGACUCUUGCCGACAGUGAUGAGGGGGUCGCAAAAACCGCAUCAGCCGCUCUUCAAAGCUUGGCGUCCCAUUCUGACGGCCUUGCUUUCUUCUUCCGGAAGUGCGAGAGGCGGUUGAAGGACCUGACAGUGACCGCUUCAUCAACGGUCCAAAUGCGCGCGUUCCAGCUGGCCGCCGACAUCGCCGCGUCCUCCCCGGAUGCCCUUGCCGCCGUCCGCACCGCCGGCCUCCUGCGCCCGCUCGUCGACGAUCUGAGCCAGUCCACCGACGUUCUCUCGAGCAUCAACGCCCUGGAGCUUCUGGGGGAGAUCGCGAAGAGCCCGCACGGCGCGAGCUUCGUCGUCGAGGGCCAGCUGCCACGUCAGCUGGAGAAGCUGAUUGCGGGCGACACAACGGACGGAUUUGUGCGGUCACGGGCGAUGAUGGUCGCCGCGAGGCUGGUGUCGCCGGAGGGGGGCCGGCCGUCGCCGCUUGACGAGCAAGAGGCGUCGGCGCUGGUACGCGCCUUCAACGAUAUAAUCGUGCGGGCAGAGGACGACGAAGACCUGGAAGGGGUCGACGACCUGGAGGACUCGGCAAUCGACGCGCUCGGGCAGAUGGGAACUAGUGCGAGCGGGGCGGAGCUGCUUCUACGGGAACCGGACGUGGCGCAUCCAGCUGCCCGACACGUGGCCCGUGCUGUAUUCACCCGCAUGAAGAGCAGCCAACAGUUGGCAGCUAUUCAUGCCCUCGCCUCCAUCGCUGGUGCGGAGCGUCACGAACCGUCGCCCAUUCUCAGUACCUCGGGGGAAGACUCACUGAAGAACCUGGUGUACGGGCUAGCAGCCGGAACCUCGUACCAUACGCCCGGGGCGGUUCUAUGGCACCUGCUGCAACAAUCCGACGAGACCCGGGUGGCUACGUAUCGGUUGAUCACUGUCGUGGUGGCUCGUCACUGGGGCAUAUCCGAGGUGUGCGCCCACGAGCAACUGGUCAGUUUCCUGUCGGACCCGGCCAGCGAGCGGAGCAAGCAAGCUAUGGAGUGGCGGCACUCGGCCUGCGUCGCGGCAGCCUCAGCAGCACAGCGCUUCGCGUCCACCGGAGAGGUCUCACUAUCUUCAGAAGCAGUAAACAAGUUGGAUGCUGCUGCACGAAGAGGACCCUACUUAUCAGCAACGGGACGCCCGGAAGCGAUACCAACUGUCACGACCGAUCAGAGGCCGGGAGGAUGAGACCUGCCAACUCUGGAUAUAGUAAACCCAAAAAGUAUCUCCGAACCUUGUUAGGAAGCGUCCUUCACCAUGGCAGAGGGUACCGGAUGUGGACCAGAUUAUUGUCAAUGACGAUAACCUAAGAGUCGGCUUUCAAGUCUCUUGCAGAGUUAGCAUUUUUCUCAGAAAGCAAGCCUGCUCUCUCAAUGAUGUGGCGCUGGCGGUCUGCGCCUUGAAAAGACCCUCGUGCGUCAGAGUCGGCUACGGCGGCAGGCGCCAGCAGCUCGUGCAAGCUAGCGAUGUUUGCUCUGACUGUACAGAACCAGUGAAAUACUCACAUGCAUGCCACAGUGCAAUAAAUUGCGCGGCAGGCCGCCGCGCAGCGGCACUGCA